CAGAUCCCCUGAUUUUCAGGCCCGCUUUGCUGGGUACAUUAUAAGCGCCCAAAAAUUGCAAUUUCGGAAAUUCGUUUUCAGCUUCGUAUAUGAUGGAUCGCUGUUGACAUCGAAAUCAAGCCAGGGACGAUUUCUAGUUCACACUCUCUCUCUCUUUCUAGCUGAAGCUGCGAAGCUGAUCUGCAGGUUGUGGGGGUCAUUCUAGUGGUGGUGCAGCAAUAGAGCCUCCUUUCAGAUGGCAUCUUUGGGUUUUUUGCGACCAGAGGGCCGUCCAUUUUAUGGCAUAGAUGCUCCCCGCGAGCUGGCCUUUCUAUGCUGCCUUGCCAGUGCCUGUUUCAUCGUUGUGUGCGUUCUCUCCAUCCUUCCAAGAAGACAUGAGAAACUUCAGAAAACUUUGACAGAGAGUCGUCGUUACAAUAAGUUAUACUUCGAUCUCCUACGACCGCUCUUUAUCGUGGGACUUCUUUACUUUGGGGGCUGCUGUGCGCACUAUGUUUACUCAAGCCUGGAGUUGAAAUAUUCAGUGGCAGAGAGAAUGGUGUCCAUGGCGAAUUGGAGCCAGACCCGUUCAGUGCUCGAUGUGGGCUGCGGUCGGGGCCUGCUUAUGAACACUUUCGCUUUGGCCUUGAAAAACGAGGGCAUCGACGGCCACGUGACAGGUGUCGAUGUGUGGGACGCCAAAGAUCAGAGCCAAAGCAGUGCAGUCGCUGCCCUCGACAAUGCUCGCAAGGAGGGCGUCCGCGAGUACGUUGAGGUUCGGACGGCGGACGCUAGGGAGCUGCCCUUUCCGGACGCCUCGUUCGACCUGGUCGUGUCCUCGAUGUGCAUCCACAACAUUGAAGAAGGAUCGGGGAGAUACAAGCCAAAGGCUUAUGGAGAGCGGAGAAAAGCACUGGACGAGAUGCUUCGAGUGCUCAAACCUGGCGGACAGUUGAUUAUAUGGGACGGUUAUCAUGCACGUGAGUAUCACAAAUAUCUUAGAAUUAAGCUAAGUCCCCUCCGUAAUGGGGCGCAAGUAUGGAUCUCGGAAGAUCUUUGGGCUUAUGCCGUGAAAACCCAAAUCGUAUCCGCUUUGAAGCACCGAGAUGAUGGACAGAGUCUUAUUACCUAGGAUAGACAAGGUAUAGCUGGCACUGUACAAACAGUAGGAUGCAGAUGAUUAGGAGGGGCCAACUGUUGCAGUAGGCUUCAGAACAACAUGGUAAAGACGUGGGUUCAUAGACAACAUGGUAAAGACGUGGGCUCGUGACAACAAUUAUUCCAGACUUCGGAAACCCAAAGCACUUCAGAACAAGUGACCUAUAUAAUGGUAUUUCUGUACAGUUUUAUUUUUACGGUAAUGUCAGCCUGUCUACGAGCCGCGCCUUGCAACUUUGACCACUUUCGAGCAGAUGUACUGCUGGCAGUGGAUUGACGAUAUCUCUAUACUAAGCUGUCGACUGGGAGCUAUGACUCGAUUGAGCUUUCUUCGCAGAGGCGUGCAUAACGUAGAGGGCUGUCCAAUGCAC